AAUCACAUACUGCUCAGCCAGCGGCAUGCACGCUGAUAACGUCGUGGGUUAAUGGUAUUGUACUUUUGAUUUAUAUCUUAAUUUAAGCCACUACCAUUAUUCCAUAAUACAACUUGAAUAAUUUUCUAAAAAAUUAAAAAUGGUUUUUACGACAGCAAUGAUGAUGGUGAGAAGUAGAGGCCCAGACGAGUUUUGGAGAAAAAGGAAAAUUUUCAAAAUUGCUGCUGUAAGCAAUGGUUUUCUUAACAUUUUUGUUACCUCUACUUAAUUUUUGUUUUAAAUUUUAUUUUUCAAUUUAACAUAUUUAUAAUAUAGGUACUGUCAGUACUUAACUAAUUAAUGAUGUUUUCAGCAUUUUUCUGGUCGUCGAAGAAACUGCUAUUCUAUUGCCAUUAAAGCUGUACACCGUGCUCUUCAGUUUGCUACAAUUGGACGAACUAUUCGAAAAAAUGAUAUGAUUAGUGUAAGUUCCAAUUUAGACUUUUUAUUAUUACUUAAUUCCUAAUAGGCUGUAGGUAUUAUGUUUAAAAUGUACUUUAGUUAAUAUUAGUUUGUUCAACUGUGGAUUACAACAGGACAGUCAUAUUGGUACAAGUAUUAAUACAAAUAAGAAAUAAGAAUGUCUCAUAAACUACUAAUUAUUGUAUGUACAGAAGCGUCUUCAUAAUUAGUCAAAUUGACAAAUGCACAUUUAAAAUAUUUACAAAAAUGUUACUUUAAAAAACCUUAAAUUUCUUAAUAUCGAACUGGUCAUAUUAUAAUCUCGAUGGUUGGGAAUUAUAUGCUUUGGGUUUAGCGAACCUGGGCCCCGAGCUCCUACUGGUGGAAAGCUCAGGUCAGUUAUUUCAGUAGGCAUAUGGUGUUGUUUCUAUUAGGUGAAGGAAUUCACCUAGUUAAAUGGUGGCUUUAUGAGUAUGUGAAACAUAGGAUUAAGUGUGGUUGAAUAAAGUGGGGAGAAAUAUUAGGUGUUAUAUGUGACAAGUAAAUUCAAUUAAUUUCAAUGAGACUUAAGAUAAGUUUUAUAAAAGUAUGGUGAGACUGAUUAUGUUUUAUAGUUCAGACAGUAGAUAGAAAAAUAGAAUAGAAAAUUAUUGUAACAGAAAUGAGAAUGCUUUGGUCGAUGAGUAGAGUACCAAGUGAAAAUAGACUGAGAUGUUUUGGGUAUGUCAUGGGGAAUGAGAAAUCUGAAGUAGUAAGAAUUGUAAUGAAAAUAAACCUAGAAGGAAAGAGGCGUCGAAGAAUGUACAAAAAUUGGUGGUUGGAUACGAUUAAAAAUGAUAUAAGUAUAGUCAGUGUAUAUAAGGUCAGAGAUCAGAUCAAGUUGAAGUUUAAUACGAGGUUGGCCCAUCCCAAAUUGUUGAGAUGAAGGAGAAGAAAAAGAAAACUAAAGUGGUCAUAUUAUCCAUAAAUAAAUUAGAAUUUUACACAAAUUAUUAAUAGUAAAUUAGGUAGUUUAUUGUAACCUAAGGUUAAAAUUUUAAUUUUAAUUGAAGAUUGAAAGUCUUUAUGAAAAUUACUGUUUUAAUCUAUACUAUACUAUACUAUAGUGCAACUAAAUUGACUCACCCACAAAAAGGCAUGUUUUUAUAAAAUGGCUUAACUUAUUUUCACAAAACAAAUUUAAAAAAAUAUCGAAGAAAUUUUUAUGAUAUUGGUGUCAUUGUAAAGUAUAAACAUUAGGCUUUCAAAACAAAUUUGGUUUCAUUGUUUGUCCACAUCUAUUGGCUUUAGUAGAAAUCAAGGUUUCCACAUUCUUCUCUAUGACUAAUGAUUUGUUUGUCAUCAUUUACUAUCCUAAAACUUAUGGUGUCAAUUUUUUUUUCUCAUGCACUCUAUUAUUAGCUAAUAAAAUAUCCUAAUCAUUAGAUUUUUAGAUUCUGAGUGGAACGAGGAAUGUAGGUUUUACAAUGAUGUUUAUUUUUUUUUAUGUGAAUGCUUUUUCUACCAGAAAGUAUACUCCAAUUAUCGAGUAUAGCACUUUUUCUAAAAGGAAAUUUUCUCUGGGUGGUACUUUAAAGAGGUAAUUUUUUUAAAUUCUCAUUAAUAUUUGAUAUAAUGAGGAAAACCUCAGUCUUUAGGUUAAAAAAGAUUGAAAGAUUAAAAAUAAGGUUGUUAUUGACAACAGUUUUUAUUUAUUUUUUGUUAAACAACCAUUGUUGUCAUGGAAACGCACAUUGUUUUAAUCAUUUUACCAUAAUAUGACAUAACACCAUAUAUUGUAUUGUUGACAAAGCAACAUUAUCAACUGAAUUCGGCUCAGAAUCGCUUUUUUUGGUAGCAAUUGUUCAUCGUUGCUUACAGAUAUACAUUAAAUUCCUGUCUAUAGCUUGCCUACCCUACAUUCCACCUUCAACAGUGGCUGUACCCGCGUACAAAGUAUGUCUGUCCAUUUUUUUGUUUUUGAUUGAGAUAAAUUUAAGUUUAAUGUUGUAUUCGUUUUAAAAAGUAUUAGAUAUAUACAAAAAAUGUCUUUUAAUAUUCUUAAUUUAAGUUCUAGCUUUCUGUUUUGUACUUUGUUAAGUUAAUGUUCAUCAUUAUCAUAUAUAAAUUUCCAUUUUUGUAAUUUGUCAAUUUGUAUCAAUCAUAUAUUCAAAGAGCUCAGGCCCAUUAAAUUUUGAAAUAAAUAAAUAAUAUUCUGAUAAACAUUAUUUUUUAAUCUCAUUUUAUACUAUAUACUUCAGAAUUUUAAAGGGAAAUAUAAAUUUCCACUUAAAUAAUCUUCUUGUGUUUGUGUAUUUGUAUAGGGUAUAAGGUAUUUAAUGUAUUUAUUUAUUUUUAAUGUAUUUUUUAAUGCAUCCCUUGUUUAUAUCCUUGUUGAAACUCGAAACUCUAAUUUGUCACUGUGUUGACUGUAAGUUGUAUACUUUUUGAUUUAUGGGAAAUAUAAUUAAAAGUCCUUAAGUAUUAAAGAGUAUUGUUUAAUUUUUGAAAGUAAAUUAUAAAAGCUAUUCCUUGUACCAACAUUAACUUUACUAAGCAUAAAAUUAUAAAUAAUACUAUUUAUUUGCAAUAUUACAAUGUACACUGGGUAUACCAAUAAAGAAUAAUAUUUUGAUAAUUAACAACGUUCAUACGUUUUAGUACUUGAAAUAAUUAUAUUUUAAUCUUUAUGAAUGGACUUAAACUUUAAAUUUUAACAUUUUCCUUGCCGUUUCAUGGUUCUAAUUUCAAAACUAAUUCAAAUAAUCUUAAAAGCAAAAUAAGUAAAUGGCAAAUAAUAAAUUAAUCAUUUUUGUUUUUAUUAUGAGUUGGUUUUGUAUUUAUUUCACUAUUUUAAUAUUGUAGUUGUGGAACACACGCAUAUCAGCUGGUUGUGAAGAACACGGAAUUAACAUACAUAAUUUCAAGGAUAGUUUAUCCAGAUGUGAUAUACAGCUGAACAAAAAAGUAUUGGCUGAUUUAGCUAUUUGGGAACCUAGCUCAUUUAAAGUAAGUUUUUUUUUUUUUGUAAUAAUUAUUUUUUAUCUGUCUUUAUAAGUACUAUAUUUUGUAAUAUCCAAUUGAAAAUUGUGUAUAUUUCAUAUUUUUCAAUUUAUUUUAACCUAUGUUUGUAUCAUCCAUUUUGAAUAGUUUAUUUAAAAUACAUAAUAAUAAUAUUUUCAUUUUUUAUUUCAGGCACUUUCAGAUUUAGCAAAAUCUGUGUCAAUUGAUUAUAAUUUACCAGGGGCUGAUAAAUAUGAAAAACCAACACACGUAGUGACAAGAGGUUUAUUACUUAAAUAAUCUUUACACCAGUUAUCAGCUAAAUGUUAUUAGAAAAUAAAUAAUAACUCAUUUUUUGUAGAAGUAAAUUAAUAAUAUAUAUAUAUUUUAUAAAUUGUGAAUUUAUAAGAUGUAUUUUUUAUUGCUAAGUACAAUUUAUAAUGAACCUUGUAUUAAGUUUUUGAGAAUUUGAAUUAGUUAAAC